GAUACCAUGGUGAUUUUGUUUUUAAAAGCAGAACAAACCACUGAGGUUCAUCAGUUUUGCUGGCUGAAUUCUCUUGUAGCUUCUCCCAUUCAGUGGCCUGCUUUUUGCUCUUCAAGCAAUUGUUUUCCUUUGCUGGGACGGUAUAUGUUAUAAAUUGAGAAGGGCAGCAAAAGCCAAGAAUAUAGUAGAAUCUAUUCACAUCUGACAUACCUUGUGCAUGUGGCACCGUGAAGCUAUCUGCAAUAUACAAGGUACGAGGACACCAUGGGUACCAGUGCUAGUACCAACCAGCAAUCUGCGUCAUCUGUCAGAGCACAACCUGAGAAGGAUGUCAAACAACCUGUUGCAGUCAGUCACUCUGAGGUUAUCAACACCCCGGCAGGGUUGGCCAAAUCCUUUGUCACCAACAAAGUGGCACGUGUUGUGAUAACGCACAAUCUGAAGGAAGAAUUUCAAGUUCACGAUAACUUUCUUAAGGCCCACUACGUCAUUGGCAGCAUGAAUGACAGUUUACCCGAGCAUUACCUUGUGCAGGGGAAAUACUUUAUGAUUAAUGAUCUCAGUGACAAAGUGGACAACCUUCUCACCGUAAAUAAUUAUGGAGCACCAAAUUUUCGACAGAUUCAACUUGGCUACCCAGUAUAUGGCAUGGGGCAAGCAACAAUGAAUGGCUUUCACAUGGUAUUACAAAAACUAAAGGAGGAAGGAAAUCAGGAAAUCAUAUACUUCAAUGUGCGUGAGGAACCUGUCAUUUUUCUUCAUCAAGAUGAUGACUUUAUCCCUUACACCCCACGUGAUCGCAAUGACCUUCAAGAAAACCUCUAUAACCUGACUUCAAGGGAUCAGGUGGAAAAUCUGGAAUUAAUUAUUAAAAAUGAGCUGUUGGAUUUUGCUGUUUUAAGCAACCAAACUUAUUUUGUUUAUCAUGGCACGGAGCAAUUUGUUACUGAGCCUCUCCCAAAGACAAUUGAGAAUGUGGAGGAUGUUCGUAUUUCAGAAGAGGUCUACAGAGGCCAUGUCUUUACAAUGCCAUACUUCAGGUAUAAACGACUACCUCUGCCUGUUGCUGCCACUCUGGAAGAAGCAGACUUUGAUUCCUUCAUUAGUACUGUCAGGUUUACCCUCUGCCUGAUUGAGGAAGUCAGUGUGCCUGGUGCCCAGAAUAAUGAAGGGGCCUUAAACAUUUAUUUGAAUGAAUAUGUGGCCUCUGGAGGUCUAACCCUUGUAUUAAACAAUGCACGUUCAACCCAUGUUACUUAUACAUCAGGCAAAUUUAUCACUUGCAAGCUUUGGCACUGUUCAAACUUAUCUCCUGUUAUGAUUUUUCAGGACUGUCCAAAUAUGAUUUUCAGGGCCGGUCCUAAACCACCUCCUGCUCUACUCUUUAGUUGUCAAACAGGAGUUGGACGUUCCAAUCUUGGAAUGAUAGUAGGUGCACUGAUCAUUGCACACAGGACGCAAUUUCCUCAGAUGGAAAGAUCUGUGGAAGAAAAUAUUUCUAGCCCAGAAAGGCAGUUUCAGCUUGUUGAAAAAUAUAUGACCCUCUUUCCCAAUGGCCAGAGAAUUGUGGAGGAAGUGGAUAGCAUAGUGAAUAUCUGUUCAGAAAUGCUCAAUCUGAAGGAAUCCAUUUUUCUUUACAAAGAUGAAGUCCUGAAACCUGAUGUAGGGUAUCAGAAACCGCAUAAGGAUUCAAGAGAAGCAUCGAUCAGCAAAACCUUUCAGUCCCUUCAGAGGUACUUCUACCUCAUUGCUUUCAACAGCUAUCUUCAUGAACAGUACCCAUUGGCCUUCUCAGUCAUGUUCAGUACCUGGAUCCGAAGGAAGCCUUUCUUCUAUAGGCUUUUGAGUGCUAUGUUCAGAUAUGAGAUGAAGACACCUGAUAAACUCCUCACGCAGCGCCUCUGUGUUCUUUUGGCCGAUGAGUACCUGGACCUUGAUGAAAUGAGUAGCCGAAGACAAAUGAAAGUGGCAAACUACAGAAAAGUUUCCAAAAUGCCUGUAUGUGGAAUUGCGCAACCAAAUCCAGAGGGACUGCUGCGGAUCCUGUCCCACCUGACCGAUGAUACCAGGAAAUUUACUCGGGUGCUGUGUCUGAACCUGAGAGGGGAAGCAGUGCUGGAGGCAGAUGGACAAAUGUAUUCACUCAGGGAAGUCAACAAUCUCCAGCAGGAGGUCAUCAUCCCUGCUACAACAGUGGAACAACUGGAGGAAAUUGAGGCGGCUUCGAAAAUGGACCUGUUGAGCUCCAAGACCCCUAUAGAGACCUGGAAAGAGGAAACAAAGGAGAUGAAACAGUUCAACUCAUGUAUGACUCUGAAGGAGGUUUACAGCCAAGCAGCCAUACAGUAUCCCCAGUUGCAGAAUCAUCGCAUUCCAAUUCCGGAUUGUGCAGCUCCCACAGAAGAGGAAUUUGAUGUCUUCCUUAAUGUCGUGAGGUCACAUUUAAUCACAGAUCAAAAUACAGUGAUUGUAUUAAAUUGUCACGAUGGUAAAGGGAGGACCACAGCUGGCAUGGCCAUCUCCCUGCUUCUGGUCUGGCACAUUAAAGGGUUCCCAGAAUUUAUUGUGGAGGAUAUGGUGAGCAUUCCCGAUGCCAAGUAUACAAAGGGCGAGUUUGAGGCAGUUCUCAGUCUGGUACGUAUUCUUCCAAAUGGUAAUGAAAUGAAACAGGAAGUGGACAGAGCUCUUGAUCAAGUGAGUGAUUCAAUGACUCCAAUGAUGCACCACUUGAGGGAACUUAUCCUCAACACCUACAAGAAGUCAAAGGGGGCAAAGGAUAAAGAUACUGCAGAAAGCUUGCACUUGUGUAGUCUACAAUAUCUAGAGAGAUACCUGUACCUCAUUCUUUUUGACACUUAUCUACACUUGGAGAAACCAGGAAAGUGGGAAAGAACAUUCAAAGAUUGGAUGACAGAGGUGGCAGCUCCUGCAGGUGUGUUUGAAAUCCUGGACAACUUGGGAUUCUCGGAGUUUGAGGACCCAGGAUGUACCCCGAUGUGCAGGAUGCGUAACCGAUGGCAACAGCAGCGAGGGUACAAGGUCCCCACCUUUGGUGAUAUGAUUUAAUAAUUUGCAACAAAGCAAAGUAAAAUUGCUCCCAAACUUGUCUCUCAAUGUCAGAAUAUUUUUCAGCUGAUUCAUUUUGGACACUAAAUUAAUUUCUGACAGGGUUCUAGUUCAAAUUCUGAGAGAGUGAUUCAUUGUUUACUUUAAUAGAGUGAGCUAGAUCCAACAUUGUAUUAUUAGAGCUUCCUCUGCAACCUAAAUCUAGAUACAUUCAAUUUAGUUAUGUGGCAUAUGGGCUUGUGAGUUACAUCAUAUCUUAUGUACAAAUGUAUUUUGCCCAUAAUACUGAAAAUACCUGUCUCUUAAAUACUCUCUCCUCCUACUGCUCUUGUUCAGGAAGGUGUCUUCACAUCCCAAGCAGUUUUGGGUGCAUUGGGGAAAACAAAUUAUUUUUCUGGAUCUAUUAUUUGUAGCUGUAAAUUGUGUUGAGCAUUUUUUUCCUGUCAAUUCAUUGUUAGAGAUUCUGAUCUAUAGUUUGUUUCUUUAGCAGUAUUUUUAUAGCUUCAUGAUAGAUCCAUUUAAAAUUAAAACAAAGAUAGACACAAAAAAAACUGGAGCAACUCAGCGGGACAGGCAGCAUCUCUGGAGAGAAGGUAUGGGUGACGUUUCAGGUCGAGACCCUUAUUCCAGCUUUUUGUGUCUAUCUUCAGUUUAAAUCGGCAUCUGCAUUUCCUUCCUAUACAAAAUUAAACCAAUUUCAGUUGCUGGAUCUGUAACAUACUGGCAUGACGGUGAAAUCAGUUAAAGCUUACAUCUUAAGGUCAGGGAUUUAUUUACCAUUCCUUUGUCCUGAUUAUUUUUUCUGAUUAUUUCUGUUUUAAACUCAGGCAUGGUUCAAUGAGGUUGGGUAGAUAUGUGUGCAUGCUGGGUGCAUUUAUUGUCCAUGCUUGUAGAAAAUAGGCGGCUGGAAUAUGUUUGGAUUUAGGCACAGAUAUAUUGCUAGACUACUGAUUUUAACUUAUGCUUAUCUUAUAUCUGAUGUCAUACUGCCUGUGUUUCAUGGUAUAGUUUGACAUCCAUGUUGUACCAUGCUUUUACAUCUGCAAAAAUUAAAAUGAGAUUGAUAUGAAGUGAUGUAUAAAUGAUCAACAGGUUUAGAAUUCUAUCAGCAAAUUAAAAAAUCGUAAUAUCUCUGCAAAAUCAUGGGGCCAUUCCCAAAGAAUGUGUAUGCUGUAUUAUGGUAUUUAUAUAAUUAAAAGUCUCAUCUUGACCGCUUCCUGUCUGCGCUGUGUAUUGAUUUUAGAAAAACGCUACCCUGUAUCGCUGUGAUUUUUGGCCAUCUUACUCACAGUCCUCCUGCGCUGAGCCAGGCCCGAUGAUUUUUCCCAUCGAUGAAAAGCUAAAAAGUUAUGAGUGUUUAAAAAACCUUGAGAUUAGCUGAUUGGUCCUCUCGCCUGUCAAUCACCACAAUGAACGUAACAAUGAAGGGGGUGGGUCAGGACUAUAAAACCCCGGAUGCCUGAACGUGAGUCAGUCACUCUGCAAGAUCGUGAGGGAGAAGCCACAACUGUCAUUCUAAGCUGUGAAUCAGCUGAACUGUGACUGCAAUGCACCUGCAAUAAAUGAUUUGUUAGUUCUUAAUGACAAUGCCAUGAAUUGUUUGGCCUACUGCCCUGUCUGUGCUUGAAACUGCAAUGCUUUAUUGGGUCCGACUGUAUUUGGAAGAAAUAAAUGCUUUAUUAGGUCUGACUGUGUUUGGAAGGAAUAAAUGCUUUUAACCCACUAGGGGCACCGCAUGAUGGCAGCCUCUGCCUACAGUCUGUUUUUCAAUCUUUUAAAAACAUUUUAGUCUGUUUUGGAGUUUUCCUUUAGCAUUUUUAUGUGGGGGAGGUGGGUAGGGUAAGGGGGAAACUUUCCCAGUCACUUCCUGGCGAGGAUGCGACUAUUCUCCGAGUCGCAUCCACACCAGCAGCAGCACAGCAUUGAUUUGCCAUUGCGGAGUGGGCGAUGCCUUAGCGGGGAUCGCCGUUUGAAGCUCCGGAGUGUUGGGCCUGCUGCUUCAACAUCGUGGAGCUGUGGUUUGCGGAACUCAGCCGCGGGCGUCGCUGACAUCAACAUUGGGAGGCCCCGACCACGGGUGAACAACAAAGAGGAGGAUGACUGAAUUUUGGUGCCUUCCCUCACAGUGGGAAACUUUGAUUCCGCGGUGUGGGGAUGUUUAUGUUAAAGUCUAUCGUGUGCUGUGUUCUUUUUAUUCGUAUUGCUGUCAGUUGACCACAAAUUUCACUGUACCAAUUGGUACAUGUGACAAUAAAUGUCUCUUGAAACUUGAAUCAUUAUUAGGUCCGACUGUGUUUGGAAGGAAUAAAUGCUUUAUUAGGUCCGACAGUGUUUGGAACGAAUAAAUGAUUUAUUAGGUCCGACUGUGUUUAGUCCAAAAGACCCGCUCAUUUCGUGACUUCUGCUUAGUGGACAGGUGGUGCUGAUUGCGUGAUUUCCGGUGAGUGAAGAGGUCACACUGAUUGCGGAAGUGCCCCACAGUGGAGAGGACGUGCUCAGCCGUGUGAGUAGAUUCAAGAUUCAAGUUUACUGUCAUAUAUAUGGUGUGUGAGUCAGUGUGUGUGUGUGUGUUUAUGAGAGUGUGAGUGUAUGUGUGUGUGUGUGUGAGUGUGUGUGUGUGUGUGUGAGUGAGUGUGUGUGUGUGAGUGUGUGUGUGAGUUUGUGUGUGUGUGUGUGUGUGUG